AUGGCGCCCCUCUCUCUACUCUUCUGCAAAGGGCUCCUGCUCACAGGGGGAAAUGUUCUUCUACGUGUUGAUAACCAGGCAGAGAAGCUUCAGGCCUUUUUCUGGUAUAAAGGCAAACGCGCCUUUGAAGAAUUUAAAAUUGCACAUUAUGAAACAGCCUCUCAAUCACUUAAAUGGGGGCGUAAAUACAGUGGUAGGGAGAGGGUGUACACCAACGGAUCCCUGCUGCUCCAGAAUGUCACCCAGGAAGACACGGGGAUCUACACCCUAGAAACCUUUGGAACAUAUUACCAAUGUGAAAUAACACAUGUCUACCUCCAGGUGUACAAGAUUGUGACACAGCCCACCAUCCAAGUCAAGACCACUAGAGUGGGGAGACAGAACGCUGCAAUUCUCACUUGCAUGUCACCCUACUCGGGAGUUGACGUCAGCUGGAUCUUCAAUAACAAGACCCUGGAUUUCAGCAGGAGGAUGACGCUGUCCCCUGAAAAGCACAGGCUCACCAUAGCUCCCCUCAGGCUGGAGGAUGCAGGGGAGUAUCUGUGUGAGAUCUCCAACUCCUUCAGCUCCAAGAAAAGUCACCCCGUCUACUUGUUCUUGAUCAGUGUAUGA